AUGGUGGUCAAAGCACUAAAACAAUCAUCUAUUGCCAGAAAUGGUGUUGGAGCAUAUAUCUUCCCAUGCAAAAAAAUCGUACUGCAAUUUUGCAAUUGGGGUGGUUCAUCGCAAGGAAUGCGUAACUUUUUGAAUAGUAAAAGAUUAGAUCUUCUAGCACGCAAAUAUCCAGACAUCGAAUUUAACAUCAUCAAGCAGUCCGGUCAUCCGCUGGUAAGGGCUCACUACACUAACGGCAGGGAAAAGGUAAUUUGUGUGAGAAACUUGAACAUCGACAACGUCGAGAACAAGCUGAAAAUGCUCAAGGACUCUUCAGGUGAAAUUCUACAUCAUCGUGUUUCCAACGAUUACGUAGAGUCUCUCAACUCAAGUGUUAGAGGCGUAUGGUCGCCAAUGCAUGUUGAUCCUUCCGUUAGACACAAGGUGUAG